GACAAGUACAUUGUCACUGGGCCGAGCAGGUUUCCAAAUCCCGAGAAUUGGGACAUUGGCAAGGCCGACGCGUCAAACUUGGAGGACAAGCGUCUCAUCAUGCUUGCAGUGGCCAGCAACCAGGAGAUAUACCACACCAUCAUCGAGAAGGCGGUUCUGAUUCGAAAUCAUCAUGUCCCAGAGGAGGACCAUGAGAAGUGCGGGAAUCCCGCACGGUGGAUGGCGCGAAGUUUGGGCAGUGCGAGCCACGCAACUGCUGCCAUCUUGCCACCCACACUGACUCGACAUGCCUCGGCGUGA